UAAGCAGCUCCUGUGACUAAUGCCUGUCAUAUGACUCUGACACCCAUGGAGACAGUUACAAGGAACAAGAUUUCCUCUCGGAUUUAAAAACAAAAGAAAACUGUAGAGAAUUUCUUUUGGUUGAAAAUGCCUCCGACUCUCUUCCAGAAACUUUUCAACAAGAGAAGUGCAGUCUCGUCGCCGCCUCCGAGAUGUAGCAAAGGGGAUCCCGCUUUCAGCUGGCCACUUCCCCAGCUGGAGCCCAGUCAGAUUAGACUGAUAGUGUACCAGGACUGUGAGAGGCGUGGCAGAAAUGUCCUCUUCGACUCCAAUGCCAAGAAAAAGGGCACGGAGGAAACCCCCAUCACCAGCGCUGAUACCCAGGUGAAGAUGUUUGGGAAAUGCUGCCACCUCCGUCCGACACGAGGCAGCAGCAGUUCCCUGGACAGCUCCUCGUCGUGUGCCUCUGAUGCCAGAGAAUCCAAGGAUCAGGGCCUCCGCUUCCAGGGUUCAAGGUGUUCCUCUGAUGUAGUAAUGCUGGGGGAGAUGAUGUUUGGCUCCGUAGCCAUGAGCUAUAAAGGGUCCACUCUCAAAAUCCACCAGAUCAGAUCACCACCUCAGCUGAUGCUGAGCAAGGUCUUCACCGCCAGGACAGGAAGCAGUGUGUACGGCAGUUUCAACACGCUACAGGACAGUCUGGAGUUUAUCGGACAGGAGAGCAAUACCUUAAGGCCAGAUCAAAGCACCGGGCCCAGCAGUCUUUUAGGAUUUUCUCAGCUCUGCAGCCCUCGACGGGCCUUCUCUGAACAGGGCCCGCUGCGCCUCAUCAAGAGCGCCUCUUUCUUUUCAGGCCACAGUCACCCGAUGGACAUGCCAGGCCGAGGUCCACACGAUGAGAGGGACAGCGGCAUCGCCAGAUCAGGUCGGUGGAGGAGAGCUUCAACAUGUCCGAUGAAAGCGGAUCUCAGAGCCUCGGGGUGAUGAGGAAGAAGAAGAUCGCUAUCGGAGUCAUCUUUACGUUGUCCUCCAACCCUGAAGAGAACAGCCGCUUCCUCGACUUCUUCUUCUCCCACUUCCCUCUGUUUGAAAGCCACAUGAACAAACUCAAGAGUGCCAUUGAGCAGGCCAUGAAGAUGAGCCGACGGUCAGCAGAUGCCAGUCAGAGAGCUCUGGCUUACAGCCGAAUGGUCGAUGGACUCAACGAGUUCAGGAUGACCAUCUGCGACCUCUACACAAUGCCCCGCGUGGCCGAGCCCGUCUGGUUGACCAUGAUGUCUGGAGCAUCAGAGAAGAACCAGCUUUGCGGUCACUUCAUGAGGGAGUUCUCCUCACUAAUGGAGCAGGCCUCCAAGAACCAGUUCCUUCCUGCAUUAUUAACCGCCAUCCUGACCAAUCAUCUGGCCUGGGUGCCCACCGUCAUGCCCAACGGACAGCCUCCAAUCAAAAUCUUCCUGGAGAAACACUCCUCCCAAAGCGUCGACAUGCUGGCAAAGACGCAUCCCUACAACCCCCUCUGGGCUCAGCUCGGGGACCUUUAUGGGGCCAUAGGGUCACCGGUACGGCUGUCGAAGACGGUGGUGGUUGGCUGUCGUCAGGAGCUGGUCCAGAGACUCCUGUAUGUCCUCACAUACUUCAUCCGCUGCUCAGAGCUGCUGGAGACCCAUAUGCUGGACAGCGCUGAAGAUGAGGCCAUUGUCAUGCCCGGCUCCCUCAUUACCACUUCACUCAGGAGGGGAGAGGUAGAGGAGUCGGACUAUGUUCUGGUUACUGUCCAUAAACCCAGCGGGGACUAUUUGUCCCAAGGUGUCCACAGUCAGCAGACUGAGGCUGAAGACGGCAGCUACCGCUCUGACAACAGCCUCCAGAGCAGCACGUACACGGACACGGAGGUGGAGAACAGCUCCAGGGAUCCACUGAAAGAGAAUGAUGAGGACGAAGACGAGGAGAACAGAAAUAACAGCCAGGGGUCCGGGAGCAGCGUUCUUCAGCCGAGGCUCGGUGAGGACGUGGGUUCCAUCAUCAGGACUGCAGAAGAUGAGUCUGGGGAGCUGAAACGGGAGUCCGGCAGCCCGCGGGCCCCCGAGGUCAAGUUGGAAACGGUGCAGCAGGUUGCCUCAGCCUCGUCCAGGGAGCCGGGCUGUGCUUUGGACGCAGAGACCAAGAGCAACACUAAAGUUGUUUCUUCCUUCACACCCACUCCAAUUCUGUCCCUCCCUUCAGUCGCCACGGAGAGUAAAAGUGUUGGAGCUGAGGUGGGGGUGGAUGCCAAAGUAGGGGGUCUGCCUUUUCAACCGCUGGGAAUUCCUUUAGAGAAGAAGCCACCGGAUAAGAACCUGGCUGGAGCAAUGCCUAUACCGUUUUUACCCGGAAACGCUAUUACAAGACACGUGGCUUUGGCCGGGGAGGAGCCAGCAACAAAAGUCACCUUCCUCAUCGGGGACUCCAUGUCCCCUGAGUCAGACACAGAAAGUCGGCGACGGAGAGUAGAGAUGGACAUCAGAAAGCACAGGAAACACUCCAAGGAAAAACUGCUACCUUAUCUGCAGCUUCAACAGCAGCACAGAGGAGCAGCUUCACCCACCAGCAGGACCAGCACAUCUGGGGACCAAGCCAAACAGACCAAGAAAACCGCAGCUCUGCAGCGGGUGUCCAGCAAGAUGUCUCAGUGGAGCGGGAACUGUAUGGACGAUUUUGACGAGUAUUUCAGUCCAGAGAACCCUGUGGAGAUUAGGACUAUAGACUACAUGGGCAAACAGGAGGCAACCAACAUGAACAAUCUGCAAAACCAACCUCUAAAUCCAUCAGGGAUGUCUCGGAUUCAUGAUCUAAGGGAUCACAGCUUUCAGAGCGCAGUUAGGGCUCCGAGUAGUGGAGACGUGGACUCCAGCAGGAGGGGAGACGCCUUAUCUGGUGUUCUCAGAAGGUGCAGGUGUAGUUCUACAGACUCCUCUGACUCCUGCUGCUGCAAGAGCUGUCCUGCCAAGCAGGACAAGGAUCUCGUGUUUUCCGUCCCUGUUCUUCAGGAUGGAAGCAACAACGGAAAGGACCAAAAACAGCAGGUGGCUCCUGUCAAUGACUGGGAAAUACCUCGGAAUGAGAGCUCGGACAGCGCGUUGGGAGACAGCGAGAGCGAGGAGACGGAGGACUGGCAGGAGGAAGUUCUGGUUCCCUUCCCUGGGGCAAAGUUAGUAGAGAACUACUCAAAACCUACCAUUGCCAACUUUGGUUGGUCUCUUUUUGGAGGCUACUGCCGCACCUACGUUCCAGACUUUGUACUGCACGGCAUCCCGAGUGACGAGAAGCUACGGCAAAGCCUCGUAACGGAAUUAACCCACACUGUUCAGCAUCCUGUACUGGAUGAGCCCAUAGCCGAGGCCGUGUGCAUUAUAGCGGACACGGACAAGUGGACGGUACAAGUGGCCAGCAGCCAGAGACGAGCUACAGACGUGAACAAGCUGGGGAAAGAAGUUCUGGUGUCCAGCUUGGUCGCCAGCUUGUUGCAGUCCACGUACCAGCUCUACAAACUCAACCUCUCACCCAACUUUUGCAUAAUGCACCUAGAGGACCGACUUCAGGAGAUCUACUUUAAGAGUAAGAUGCUUGCUGAGUAUCUGAAGGGCCAGACGAGAGUCCACGUGAAGGAACUGGGCAUGGUUUUAGGAAUCGAGUCCAGCGACCUUCCUCUGUUGGCUGCAGUGGCCAGCACUCACUCCCCGUACGUUGCUCAGAUCUUACUAUGAAACUGCACCAAUAGGUCUAAACCAGUAUGGAGACCAGUCGGACCAGAGCGGGAUCACUCCAGCCCCUCAGAUACAGCUGUCCAUGCUGCACAGCUGACCCCCUUCCAUGGUUCCAUGGCCUACAUGGUGAAGUUUACCUCCAGCUGGAGCGUCGCCCAUCUUCAUGGACUCAGACCGUGGAGCGAUGUGGACGUGGCGCCACUAGGUGGAGGUAGAGAGCAGGAACAGAGUGAGGCUCAGCAGAUGACUGAAGCAACUCUGGUAUGACAGGAAUCUUAUUUGAACAUAACUUUUGUUUUAUUAUUUUUGGGAAAUAAAAGCCAAAGACUUCAAGUUUCUUCCACAAUAAAUAAAAACUGUUGAUGCACACCACGAGGAAACUGUGAACUUUAACUCUCCAACUCCUUUGUUUACCUGGACAAUCUAAACUUGGCAUUAUGAAGUGAUGGACUGGGUUAAAUGGAAAUGAGUAUUUUCAUAAAAACUUUGAGUUACAGAUAUUAAACCCAUUUAUGCCAUAUUGUUCUGCUUGUUUACAAACCACCGUUUUCUGUAAUUUAUUUGUUUGGCUAAAUGAGACGCUCACCUGACUUUGGAAGCUUUUUCCCCUCUUUUGGCCACAUAUGAGUAAUUAAAUCCUUUUUAGUUUACAGAUUAUGUAUAUACAAUAGCUAAAUGUGGCUUUGAGGUCAUCACAGGUACAGCUCUACCUCAGAUUGUAUUAUGGGCUGCUUAAGCUGCUCCAUAGAAACCCCCUGAGGUAAAUGUAUAAGAACUUUAAUCAGAAUGUCAACUGUGUCGACUCUAUGCUGUGUUCUUUAAAAACAAACAAAGGGAAGGCUGUUUAAAUUAAAUAAAUAAAGGAAGGAAUAUAUAUUUUUGCAUUACACGGUGAUGGAGACGGGUCCUGUAAUACUGUGGAAAAGCUUUAACUCGUGUUGUUUGAGUGUAUUUUUCAAAUGGAAUGCUGAAGUAUUUUUUCAUUUUUAUAUCCGUCACCUUUAUAUGAUGUUUACGGCUUCAGUGCUUGGGACAGAGGCGACUAGGAGCCUUUUCCUAGAUGCAUAUGUGCUGAUUUAACACUAUUUCAGUUUUUAAUUUUAUUUCUGAUGACGGUUUUAUCCAUAAAAUAACUAAAUUACAGAAAUUCUAUGCUUGAUUAUUUUAUUUUUUCAUAUUUUGUCUUUUCAAUAGCAGGGAAUAAAAAGGACAACAUAGAAAAGCCUGCAGCCAGUAAAUCAUUUAAGAAAUCUUCAAAUCAGCUUUUUUUCUUUUACUUUUGAAGCCUUUGUGUUGCUAUGGAAACUGCCACUGUAGCCCUGAAAAGUGGACAGUGUUUGGCUUCCUUUUCAUCUAAAUCACAACCAGAUUAAAGUCCAAGUCUUAACAGAGAAGAAGCAUGAAUGUUUCAGUUUUUAUUUUAUUUUUUUGGAAAAGCUCAUUUUGCUGUUGAGGUGAAUAAAUUCAUACUGAUGUGUAUUAAAGAUGCUCUGCUACAUUUUGUACAUGACAACUACUAUUGAUAUAUAUAUAUAUAUAUAUUUAUCUGCUUUUCCCUCUUUGUAUAUGAAUAAAUUAUUUAGUUGCUCAUACUCGAAACGGUUUCUGUAAACUAUACAUUCUCAAGUUAUUUCCAUGUGUUUGUGCAGAAUGUCUUUUAUGAAACGUCAAUUUAUUUUUCUUCUUUUUUCCCAAUUUUCUGGGAACGUUGUGCAAUAAACAUGCUGAGAACUACAA